AAAGUUGCCACAAUCCGACACUCAAAUCCGACCCCAAGUGAUUACCUAUUGGUGACUUGAAGGAGGAAACUGAUGAGUGAUGAUGACAAUAAAUGCUACAGCAACAGUAACAGUAUCUCUUUCUCAUAUCCCAUUCGUCCCUCCCUCCCAGAUUUCCAUGUUUUGCGUUUUUCUUCACCAAUCACUCACCACCACCACACCAACUACCUUAACACUCCAAGCCAACCUACCAAAACAACCAAAUCUUAAAACCUAAAAAAAAAAAAUCCUUCAAAACUUCUCUUUAACAAAAACUCAUAAAUUUCAUGGCUUUUCAUUCAUCAAUGAUUGCCUCCAUCUCCAUCUUGGUCUUCAUGACCUUCCAACUUUCAUACUCAAUACCCUUCAUAGUACUUCAUGGCAUUGGAGAUCAGUGCUCCAAUCGAGGAGUUAAACAGUUCACUGAGCUACUGAGCAACUAUUCUGGCACUGAAGGAUAUUGCUUAGAAGUUGGAGAUGGAACAUGGGAUUCCUGGUUUAUGCCUCUUGAGGAACAGGCUAAAACUGUUUGUGACAAGGUGAUGGAAAUGAAUGAACUGAAACAGGGUUACAACAUCGUUGGUCUCUCCCAGGGUAAUUUAAUAGGUCGAGGUGUUUUGGAAUUUUGCAGCGGAGGACCUCCUGUUAAAAAUUUUGUAUCUCUAGGAGGACCUCAUGCUGGUACUGCUUCCGUUCCUCUAUGUGGUUCUGGUGUUCUGUGCAUUAUUGCAGACAGACUACUCAAGUCUGAGAUCUACACUGACUAUGUCCAAGAUCACUUAGCUCCCAGUGGUUACCUCAAAUUACCAAAUGCUAUUCCGAACUAUUUAGAGAAAUGCAGAUUUCUUCCAAAGCUUAACAAUGAACUCCCUGACGAGAGAAACUCCACUUAUAAGGAACGGUUCAUUAACUUACAGAACUUGGUGCUUAUUAUGUUUGAGCAUGACACUGUUUUGAUACCUAAGGAAACUGCCUGGUUUGGAUAUUAUCCAGAUGGGGCCUUCAAGCCAAUUUUACCUACGCAACAGACACCGCUUUACAUAGAGGAUUGGAUUGGUUUGAAAACCUUAGAUGAAGCUGGAAGGGUCAAGUACAUUAGUGUUCCUGGAAAUCAUCUUGGAAUCUCCAGAAGUGAUAUGCAAAAGUAUGUUGUGCCUUAUUUGGACGGUAGUGCAUCAAGAAAGAACAGCUCUGAAAAGGAUAGUAACAUUAGGGUGCGCAGAGUCCAUGGCAUAGUUGUGCAAGGCAACAAGAGAGAGCAAAUUGCAUCGACUUAACUGAUUCUUUAAGGAUCAUCAUCUUAUUCGUGGCCCUCAUCAAUUAAGAGCUUCAUCAAUGAACUUCUUGGGCUCACGGAGGAGUCAGUGUCUCACACUUGAUUUAGAUUACCCUGUUUAAUUAAGUCAUAAAUCAAUCUAUACGUUUGGUGGGGAUUGUUUUCAUGUACAGUUGUAUUUUUUUUUUUUUUCCACGUUUGCCUCGACAUCUCUGGUUGAAGCUUGCUGAAGCACUCAGUUUAUGGUUGUGGAAACAUGUUUCCAUAUGCAAGAACAAAGUUUGUUAUACAACGAUGAAAACAUAGCAUCAUUAUUGGCAUUCAUAUGGUUAAGGGAUAAUUCAUAUCUGGUACAAGUGCAAAUUUAUAAGGCC